AUGACAACACAGCUAAUGACAAAUACAAAACUCCCCACAGGCAAAAACUUAGCAACAUCAGUUAACCCAGAAAUUGAUUAUCAAUUCGACGAAUUAGAAGAGAGAUUUAAAAAGAAUGAAUUUAAACUUGAUUUAGUAAUUUCCAUAUUAGAGAGUCAUUAUGGUGAUAAGCUUACUGUUGAACAACUCAGAAUUUUCGCCAGCCGUCUUUCAAAGCGAAUUCAUGCCAAAAUAGACAGAAUGGCUAAUAGAAACAGGACAGCAAUACUCUGUUGGUAUACAGAAAACUGGGACAAAAUCUAUUCAUUAAUAGACGAAUUUAUUCCUUCGCAAAUCCAUAAAUUUGAAAAUACUGAAAAAGAUAACAGUAAUCAAAUAACAAAUGAUAUCGAUCCAUCAGAUAUAAAUCAACUUAUAAAUUACCAUUAA